GUCCAGACCACACCAAUCGUGCUUGCUGGAACUGCAGCAGGUAUUGAGCGUCAAGCAGUUGAGAGCAGCAUGAGCGCGUACGAAGACGAGCGCGCUGCGCGCAUCGCGCGGAACAAGCAGAUGCUACUUUCGCUGGGCAUCGACAAGAAGAUCAUCUCGCCCAAGAAGCGUGCGUGGGCACGUCAGAAGCCAACUGGCCCGCCCCGCCGGUCGAGCCGCGUCGAGGUGGCCGAGAAAGCCAAGGCCCACGCCGUGCUCCAAGAUCGCUACGAAGCUGCGCUGCUCGCAAAGGAAUCGAUGUCGGAGCAUUCGCGCCGGUACCGAGCCGCAGAGCGCUACGUCGAGGAGCUCAAGCACGAGCUGGCCACCUUUGACACUAGCUAUACGCGCUCCACGUCGCCGCCACCGGCCAAGAAGGCCAAGGCCAAUACGACUGUCAUUUCCGACUCGAGCGACGAUGACGAGAGUGCGAUCUCAAUCAGCGACAACAGCGACCACAACCAGAGCGACGACGAGAGUGAGGUCGAGGUGUAUGUUCCGACCAAGCGCCGGAAGCUGCCGCCUGCCGACGACGUGCUCCAGAACGUGCCCGUGCUAGACAUGAUCAUCCCGAGCAAGGGCCAGACCAAGUCGGUAAAGGAAGUGGCGCUGACGCUUCCGGACGACAAGCAUGUGGGGUGCGCGCUCGCACCGCGCGGGAAGAAGCCGCUGCUCGCGUGGCUCUGUCCUGGGUACACGCCCACGUUCUCGCUCAUGGACGGCCAUCAAGUGCUGCUGAACGGCAUGGUGCUCUUUAUGAACGUCGACAUGGACGAUCGCUACGUCAACAUCUUUGCCAAGAACGAGACGACCAACGCCAUUACGGUCACGUGGUUCGCGCGGGUACGUUGUGGUCUCGUGUUGGUCCAUAUAUGGCAGCGGACGACCCUAUGCGCUAGAAAUCGAUCCAUACGAACCACGUCGUCGCCCAGCAGCUCAUCCACGGCGUCCAAGCCGACGCCACGAGCGAGCUCCAGACGCACACCAAACCGACCCUUCUCUUCUUUCGCUUCCACCCCGAGGGCUCGUACAUAUACGCCGGGCGGCUCGCCUACGUCGGUCACAAGGGCGACGCCCCGAUCCAGUUUGAGUUUGAGCUUCAGGAUGCUGCGCACCUCUGCGACGACCUCGUCAAGCUUAUGCUUGGCUCCUAGCUGUUUCUUUUGUCGCUGAACUCAAUUGAAUGCACGUGUAUGUACUUGGUUCAGCACGA